GACAUUGACCCACAAUCAGUAUAUGAGCUGAGCCUCAGUGAGGUCAAUGGAACAGUACUGGCUCUAAGACCAUUCAGUGAGUCAUCUGAAAGGCUGCUUCCUUCCUCUGACUCCAGCUUUGUCGUUCUAAAAAAUAAGGAUGAAGACUUAUUGACAGCUUUGGACAUUUUGUGUCUGAACCAGUGUGAAAAUAUCUACGAAGAUAACAGUCCAGAGUUUAAUGACAAAAGAACAAAAGUUGAGGAGGAAUUCUACAGGGGAGGCAAAGUCAAAUGGUGGAACUUCUUCUUCUGUGACAAAGACAAACAGAGACCAUUUAUCAAGAGAGACAAGUAUGAAAAUUUGAAAAGGAUGAUCAGGAGUGAGUUGAGAGAGUCAAAAGAAAUGUGUGUUCUGCUCAAUCUGUUUCACAAUCCAGGCUGUGGUGGAACCACUUUAGCAAUGCAUGUCAUGUGGGAUCUCCGUAAGGAGAUUAGAUGUGCUGUGCUGAAAGACAAUUCACUGCCAAUGACAGAAGUUGCUGUCCAAGUUGUCAAACUCAUGAAGCUCGAAAACGAGAAACCAUGUCAAGUUUUGCUGUUAAUUGAUGACUCAAAGGAAACAGAGAAUCCUUAUGAAAUUUGUAACUGCAUCCCUCAAACAGUAGAGUCUUACUCUAACAUAAAUGUGGAUAAGGCACAAAGUUGUAAAGUCAUCAUCCUUAACUGUGUUCGUUCCCAAAAUCCAAAAGAUUCAUACAGACGGCACAACCCAAGUCAGUACAUAACUGCCUCAUUGUCACCAGAAGAACAGAAUGAGUUUGAAAAGAAACUCAAUGAGCUGAGAGAAACACAUGAUACACCUGAAAACUUUUACAGUUUCAUGAUCAUGAAGAGCAAUUUUGACAAAAAAUACAUUGACGAUCUUGUUCAUAACACUCUGGAGAACUUUGAUUUCAGCUCAAAGAAUGCCAAACUUUUUUCCUUCUUAGCAUUACUUAACACCUAUGUGACAGAAUCAGAAAUCUCUCGCUCUCUCUGUGAAGAUUUUCUUGGUAUGAAAAGGAUUCGCUGGCAAGAGGAAAGUGCACUGGACAGAAUGGAGCCUUUCUCAAACCUUCUCAUCAUUGACAGAGUUGAAGAAUGGGGAGUAUAUGAAGGAAUCCGAAUCCUUCACAGCUCCAUAGCAUCUGCAUGCUUAGAGGAGUUUGAGAGAAGCCACUCUUUAAAAGUGAGUGAUAUCACCAUAGAGGUUCUACAUUGUGAUCUGUUCUUCAGCAUUGCAGUUGUCAAAAAAAGAUUCAUGGACUCAAUUCAACAAAUGUUGAUUGCAAGGCAGCAAAAGAAGGAUGGUGUUGUCAGGGAACCAUUUUCUCCUCUGAUCGACAAAAUUCACAGUGAGCAAGGGAGACAAACUGUUCAACAGAUCUUUGUGAAAGCAUCAUCCAGGUUUGAGAAAAGUGCAUCUAUUCCUCAGGCACUGGCAAGGUAUUUGUACAUCAAAGAGCAUGACUUCCCAGAAGCUCUGAAAUGGGCUGAAAAGGCCAAGAACAUUAAAGCAAACCCGUACACGUUUGACACAAUAGGGCAGAUUCACAAAAGCAAUUUAAGAUCAAACAACGAUAGGGGAAAACAGGAGACUUCUUGCAAUCCAGAGGACUUAAACACAAACAUUAAAAUAGCAAGCAAUGCUAUCACAGCAUUCAAAAAGGCUCAAGAGCUGGCAAACUCAGAGGAGGAACCUGAGGAGGAGGCUGUUGAUGAGUCGGAUGACUAUCCACGAAAGUCAUAUAAUGUUAAGGGCUACGUUGGUGUGCUGGAAAUUGCAUUCCUGGUCUUUGAGAUAUUGAGCAGAUUGCCAUUCUUUGAUCAAAGAGAUCCAAUGAAGAAGACAUACUUCCAGAGCUUCCUUAAAAAAGCAAUCCCAAUCACCAGUGUGUAUAAGGAGGACAAUGAGAGAAAUAACAUCUAUGAGGAGAUCAUCAAAGAACAUGAACGUUUUCUUCAAAAUUUGAAAACUGAGGUAAAAGAAACUUUUGAACUUCUUGACUGUUUCUUCACAUAUAUAAAGGGACGCAACUCAGAAUUCCAAACAAAAAAUCAUUCGAUUGCCUGUGAUCUUUUUAAACGCUAUGUUAGUCUCUUCUGCAAUACACCAAAGGAAAUGAAAAAAGAACAACAAAACAACCCUAAUCUCAACUUCAAAAUCAAUAUUGAGGAACGAAGAUUGUUUCUUGAGAAGAACCAAGCAGACACAUUUGCAGGGAUUCUUCAGCAUUUGGACAAACCUGCAGAGGAGAUCGAGAGGAUCACAGAAUGCUAUGCAUAUUUGCAAAAACAACAUCACCAAUUAAACGACAAAAAGCAAAAGACAAAGGAAACAAUCAAUUGCAUUCUGUCAAACAUAGUUCUUUACCUUUUGAAACCAAACUCUAAACAUGUAAAGAGUAUCGACUCCCUCUCAGACCUACUUUCAACAACUUUGCAAGAUGUAGGACUUAGAUAUCCCUUCCCAGACCCAUACUACCUGGCUCUGCUGUUGUUCUGGCCAAGGACAACUGAGGAAGAUACUGAAAUUGCAACUUAUGUUACAGCAAUUCGGAACUCAACCCGCAAAUACCUGACUCCAUUGUUUCAAAAAAGGAGCACAGUUGCCCAUCUCUACUUGGGAAAAGAAAAAGGACUCAAGAGGCUUGUUUCUAAACCCCAACUCGAUGAGAACUUCAAGAAGAUGCGCCGUGAAACCUUGGCACAACUCUGGCGGAAUGGCGAUAUUUUUAAAGACAAAACAAUUAUCAACCGUCUUCAGCGAGUCAGAGGAAGCAUCGCAGGGGAGGUGUUUGCCAAUUAUGGAAAACUGAAAAUCCCUGUGCGCCCAGCUCUCGUUCAUCGUGUUAGGGGUUUCAGUACAGAAAAGGUUUCUUUCUACCUUGGUUUUGCAAUCAAGGGACCUAUUGCUUACGAUAUCCAGUAUGAAAACUAGGGUGGUAAAUGUACAAACAUGUGCUGCACAAGCACAAGCACUGCAAACCACUUGAAAAACAGGUGAUGAACUGUGUUGGAGUCUGACACAGACUACAUAAAUAGACAAAUGACAAUCAAAUGGUAAAUGCCAGUCCUGUAAUGCAGUUCUAAGUAUGUCUGAAUUAUUUUGAUUUUACAAACCAAUUGCGUGGCUCAAGUUGUUUUGUACCUAAGUGAAAUAUAUUUUUAAGUGACUUAAUAUUUUAUGAAUGUUAGAGGUACAUUUUCUGAUGAACUUUUGUUGUUUUAGUUUUUGUUAUUGUCUGUCUGAGAUGGGGCUCAUUCCCCAAACUGAUUUCUAUUUGUUUAUUGACAUGACCCUGAGUCAUAUUUCUGUAUUAAUAAUCUUUUAAUGAAAUGUGCAGCCUUGUCUCCUCCCCAGCAGUGUGUCUGUCAGUGGGUGUGUGUUUAGAUGGAUCAGAUGGUGAUGCAGAGGCUGCUGCUGAAUGGAGGGAGGAAAGGAGAUUUGCCGCAACCGGAUUGGUCGAACCAGCUUUUAAAACUACGCUGCUGCAGUCUGGGCUUCUCUUGCCACUGCCACCAAAGCCAGCCGGUUUACAGAAUCUUUUUGUAUUGUGUCGGCCAGAACUUGUUUUCAGUUGUUGUGUACUUGGAGGAUUGUUUGUUUGUGUUAAAUCAAAUAGUGUAUUGUUGCUACAAGUGUAAACUGUAAAUAUGUAUGCACCACACAGCAGUGAUGAGAAGGAAGAUCCCUAUUGUUUUGUUCACUACUUUUUCUCCUGUUUUUAUGUUAGUGGAAUAGGCAAGAGAUUUGUCAUUUUGUUUACUUUCUUUUCAUGUUAGGAAAGACUAGGGUGUUGUUAGUCUUUUUGAUUUUUGUUUUCGGACCAUUCUCUGCCCUAAAAAUGAAUAAAACUGCUGUGUUCAAUCUGAA